GCGCCUGCGCGAGGGAGGGAUGCGGGCAAACGCGCGCGCGCGCGGCGGGGGCGGGCUUUACAGAGCACGGAGCUGCCGCAGCGGAGCCGGACGUGUCCGCGAAGAUGGCGGGCCGGAGUAUGCAAGCUGCGAGAUGUCCUACAGAUGAAUUAUCUUUAACCAACUGUGCAGUUGUGAAUGAAAAAGAUUUCCAGUCUGGCCAGCACGUGAUUGUGAGGACCUCUCCCAACCACAGGUACACCUUUACCCUGAGGACCCACCCAUCAGUAGUUCCAGGGAGCAUUGCAUUCAGCUUACCACAGCGAAAAUGGGCUGGACUUUCUAUUGGGCAAGAAAUAGAAGUGUCCUUAUAUUCAUUUGACAAAACCAAACAAUGUAUUGGCACAACGACCAUCGAGAUUGAUUUCCUGCAGAAAAAAAGCAUUGACUCCAACCCUUAUGAUACCGACAAGAUGGCAGCAGAAUUUAUCCAACAAUUCAACAACCAGGCAUUCUCAGUGGGACAACAGCUUGUGUUUAGCUUCAACGAAAAGCUGUUUGGCUUGCUGGUGAAAGACAUUGAAGCUAUGGAUCCUAGCAUCCUGAAGGGAGAGCCUGCAACAGGGAAAAGACAGAAGAUUGAAGUAGGACUGGUUGUUGGAAACAGUCAAGUUGCAUUUGAAAAAGCAGAAAAUUCAUCACUCAAUCUUAUUGGCAAAGCUAAAACUAAAGAAAAUCGCCAGUCUAUCAUCAAUCCUGACUGGAACUUUGAAAAAAUGGGAAUAGGAGGUCUGGACAAGGAAUUUUCAGAUAUUUUUCGACGAGCAUUUGCUUCCCGAGUGUUUCCUCCAGAGAUUGUGGAGCAGAUGGGUUGCAAACACGUUAAAGGCAUCCUGUUGUAUGGGCCCCCAGGUUGUGGUAAGACUCUCUUGGCUCGACAGAUCGGCAAGAUGUUGAAUGCAAGAGAGCCCAAAGUGGUCAAUGGGCCGGAAAUCCUUAACAAAUAUGUGGGAGAAUCAGAGGCUAACAUUCGCAAACUCUUUGCUGAUGCUGAAGAGGAGCAAAGGAGGCUUGGUGCUAACAGUGGUUUGCACAUCAUCAUCUUUGAUGAAAUCGAUGCCAUCUGCAAGCAGAGAGGGAGCAUGGCUGGUAGCACGGGAGUGCAUGACACAGUCGUCAACCAGUUGCUGUCCAAAAUUGACGGGGUAGAGCAACUGAACAACAUCUUAGUCAUUGGAAUGACCAACAGACCAGAUCUGAUAGACGAGGCUCUCCUUCGACCUGGGAGACUGGAAGUUAAAAUGGAAAUAGGCUUACCAGAUGAGAAAGGUCGACUCCAGAUCCUUCACAUCCACACAGCCAGGAUGCGAGGGCAUCAGUUACUCUCUGCUGAUGUCGACAUUAAAGAACUGGCUGUGGAGACCAAGAACUUCAGCGGUGCUGAACUGGAGGGCCUGGUGCGAGCUGCCCAGUCCACUGCUAUGAACAGACACAUCAAGGCCAGUACUAAAGUCGAAGUGGACAUGGAGAAAGCAGAGAGCCUGCAGGUGACAAGAGGAGACUUCCUCGCUUCUUUGGAGAAUGAUAUCAAACCAGCAUUUGGCACAAACCAAGAAGACUAUGCGAGUUACAUUAUGAAUGGAAUCAUCAAAUGGGGUGACCCAGUCACUCGAGUUCUUGAAGAUGGGGAGCUGCUGGUUCAGCAGACUAAGAACAGUGACCGCACACCAUUGGUUAGCGUCCUUUUGGAAGGCCCUCCUCACAGUGGAAAGACUGCCUUAGCUGCAAAGAUUGCAGAGGAAUCCAACUUCCCCUUCAUCAAGAUCUGUUCCCCUGAUAAGAUGAUUGGCUUUUCUGAGACAGCCAAGUGUCAGGCCAUGAAAAAGAUCUUUGAUGAUGCAUACAAAUCCCAGCUCAGUUGUGUAGUCGUGGAUGACAUUGAAAGACUGCUUGAUUAUGUCCCUAUUGGCCCUCGAUUUUCUAACCUGGUGUUACAGGCUCUUCUUGUGUUGCUGAAAAAGGCUCCUCCUCAGGGCCGCAAGCUUCUGAUCAUUGGGACCACGAGCCGCAAAGAUGUCCUUCAGGAGAUGGAAAUGCUCCAUGCUUUCAGCACCACCAUCCACGUGCCCAACAUCGCCACGGGAGAGCAGCUGUUGGAAGCUUUGGAGCUUUUGGGCAACUUCAAGGAUAAGGAACGUACCACAAUUGCACAGCAAGUAAAAGGGAAGACGGUCUGGAUAGGAAUCAAGAAGUUACUAAUGUUGAUUGAAAUGUCCCUACAGAUGGAUCCUGAAUACCGUGUGAGGAAAUUCUUGGCUCUCUUAAGAGAAGAAGGAACUAGCCCCCAUGACUUUGAAAAUGGACUGUUUGCACAGUGACCAAGGGAAGUGACCAAGGUAAAGGUGGCCUGGGAUCUUCACUAGAUUUACUCAAGAUACUGGACGAAGUGAAAGGUUCCCUACCUUCAGCACGUGCUCACUCUGCAUGAUUAGUGCAAUAAAACGCCCUUCCUUGUGCUUACUGAGACAUUCUGUUUUGUGGAAGGUACAAAUUUGCUUUAGAAUGCUGUGCUUACCUUUCUGUGCAAGCUAAGCUGAUUCCUUCUCCUCAGUCGUUAAGUGUGGGAGAUGUACUGUAUUUGUGAACACUACACGUGUUAAGCCCCCUAUCACCACCACCCAAAACCUCUCAAUAAAUGUCAUGAUGUCGCAAGACAACACGUGGCCUGUUAGAAGGAAGACUUCCUACAAGUAAACCAGGAACAGUGACUAGAGGUAUGGGCUCAAAGGGGUUAUCUUACACUUCCCUGUGCUAACACUGCAGGGAAAGGUCCUCCCAUAAAGCUACUGGUUACCUUUGCCUGAAAAACAGGGCUUGGCGUUUCUAAGAUGCUGUUCUCAAUCAUUUUCAGAGAUGUUUCCAAGUUGCAAUCAGGAGAUCUUUCUUAAUAGAAAGUCAGGUUAUUAGUGUGUUGGCUGUGACAUCCCCUUAAUGUAACUAAUUUGCUCUGCGGUAAGAGAUAUGCUAAUCAUUACCACUCGUUAGAUGUUGUUAAAAACUUGUGGAAGUAUGUAUGAAGCAAGCGUACACCCCUAAAAAGAAAGGAGUCAUUAAAAUAAUUUACAAAUCUCUCAACACUAAUUAGUGUCCAACUCUAAAUGGGUCAGUUCCUUAGUAUAUUAAAGGCUUAUUAGCAUCACCACUUUUCUUUUUUCCUUAGCUUAAUUACUUACUGAAAACAUAUCCUGUAUUUUAAAUUAGCUGUACUAUCUUGCAUCUAAAUAAAACACGAUUCUGCAGAAAAAAAUAAUCCACUUUCCAGCCCUCUCCCCUCAGCCCUUUACCGUCCAUUCCAGUACAUUGAAGACAUUCCCUUUCCCCUCUGCACGUUUCUUCCAAAGGGAGAGGACGGGUGGCUUGUCUUAUAACUGAGUUAAAAGGAAUUUAAAUAGGUCAUCCUGUUUGGUGAUGAGAGUGAGGGCACAGGCCACUCUCUCCCCACUGCUGCUGUAAAUGUGAAGACACGCAGCCGGGAGCCAUCACGUGUGCUUAGCGCUGCCCGUGACGCUGUGGCCACAGUGGCACUUGGGUGUAGCUCUAUCAUCUGUCCCCGUGGUAGAAGCCUCCUGUAUAUUUUUCGUAGACCUGUACGUCAUAUCUACUUUGUUUCAGGUUUUUAUCCCUCGCUUAUUCUGUGGCUUUUCCAAAAGUGGGUUGUAUUGUGAAAUUCUGUGAUUCCCAGCAGCCAGUAUCCUGGACUCCCUUCCCUGUUUUAGAUCUUGGCGCUUUUCUCUUCCCGGGAAAGCAGCACACACUGUAUUAAUUUAUGUCUCUUAUUAAAUGAGGUUAAUGUCUUUGUGUUUUGUCCAAAACUAUAUUGAAAAAUUUAAAUAUUAUAUUGUUUAAUGCAAAUGAAGGAAUGCAAUAAAGAGUAUAUAUAUACUUGAAAA